AUGCCUCCUAGAAUUCCUAUCCUGCCGACUAGGUCGACCCUCUCCCUUAUCCGUUCCACGCAGUGCAGCUCCGCAAGCUCUAUUUCCUCUACGGCACUCCCACUUCGCGAUUCGGUACACCAGACUACUCGCCAGUUCGCAAGCAUAAGUUUACGCACUUCAAGAUGCAACUCUCCUUCGUCUUAUAGGGCCUUUAGCGGAACUUCCUCCUACCGCAUGAGCUCUACAUCGUCAGGUGGCAACGGAGAGAAAAAUGACGGUGGGAUUGCAGAACAGCCACUGGGACCGAACCAGGAUCAAUUGCCGCAUAUCCUUAAACGAGACAAAGAUGCUCUUAAGAAUAUGCCCCAGGUUCUUCGUGAUGAAAUUGCCUGGAGUCAGAACGGAAGUGGUUCCAAGCGAUCGUUCUCUACCUCUGCGAGAUUAGGCCAACAGGAGCAGAAAAGCGUUCAGGAUAACUCGUCGAAGGAUCCGUCGGUUGCCACGGUUGCUAAUAUGCUUGCUGCGUCGAACCGUGGAGAAUCCGUUGAAGUUGCGGAAGGAAUCCCAGAGGGCUUCAAGUUCGAGCCACCGACCCUGCCACUUCCACCAGAUGGACGUAUCAAUCGCCGCUAUGAGCCAUUGGUGGAGCAGUUUACCAAGCUAAUAAUGAAGCAUGGCAAGCUAUCUCUUGCUCAAAAGCACAUGGCCAAAAUUCUAGAGCACCUCCGUACAGCUCCACCACCACUCAUCGACUCAUCGAAGCCAUUCCUCCCCGGCCCGCCAUCACAACAGCUUCCUCUGAAUCCCAUUCUAUACCUUACUCUUGCCGUUGACUCUGUUGCUCCCCUUUUCCGAAUUCGCCAGAUACGGGGUAUUGCUGGUGGUGGUGCUGCACUCCCCAUCCCAAGCCCGCUUGCUUCACGCCAGCGUCGCCGAGAGGCCAUCUCAUGGAUCCUUGAUGCCGCUAACAAGAGGCGUGACAACCAGCUUUCUCAACGGAUAGCAAAUGAAAUCAUCGCCAUCGCCGAGGGAAAGAGCAGUACUUGGCUUAAGCGAGCAGCCAUUCAUAAACAGGCAGCAGUCUCCCGCGCAAACAUCCGCCGAGCAUCGCAGCAACGGAGGGGUAGGAAUCAGUAA